UACGAAAAGAAUAAAAAUCAAUGAUCUAUCUAUUUUAAAAAAUAUCCAUAAUAAAAAAAAGUCUGUCUGGUCUCUGGUAAAAAUAAUAUAUCUAUAGAUACUUAUUUAAAACUCAUCUAUUAGUUUUAUUUUUUAAAUAUAUCAAAUUAAAAUUAAUACAAUUUAACCAACAGACAAAAAACACCAAAGAAAUUUUUCUCGUUGUACGUACUUUUAUCUUUCUAAAAGGUCGUAACCUAUUUGUUUUUUCACAUAAUUUGAAUGAAGUCAUUUAGUUCAUAUUAGGUUCAGUUUAUUAAUAUUAAAUCUUGUAUAAAUCUUUGUACCAUGUCUACAAUGGCAGUCUAUAGUAACAUACGCUCAUUAGUACAAAGAAUUGUUAUGUUAGAUGUCAGAACGAGUGUGCGAUUUUUCACUGAUCAAAUUGAUAAUCCUAAUGAAGAACAACCUGUAGAUCCAACAAAAGAUAGGACCAAGACUAUCCCAUUAGAAACAAGUAUGAGAUAUUUAAAAAGUAAUGCGUACAAACAAACUUACGGAGACAGCCCAGUUUGGACGUUAUAUCGACGAAACCAUAAAGGCGUAUUUGCACCGAGGAAGACCAGACGGUCAUGUGUCAGAAACGGUGUGAUAUCUACAGGAAACCCUUGUCCUAUUUGUAGGGAUGAAUACUUAGUGCUGGAUCAUAGGAAUACAAAACUAUUGGAGCAGUUUAUAUCUGAAUACACUGGCCAGAUACUGGAUGCCUACAAAACUGGUCUUUGUCAAAAGAAGCAUAAAGAAUUACUUGUAGCUAUUGAAAGGGCGUGGGACCAAGGACUCCUUACAUAUGAUGUUCCAUUCAGGAAAUAUGAUUAUUCUUUGUACAAUAAAACAGCAAAUAGUUAGUAAUAUAAAAUAUAAUUAUUGUAGUUGAAUAAAAUAUACUUUCCAAAAGUUGUUACUUCUUUCAUUGCACAAUGUUUAUUAAUUAUCAUUAGGA